UUUUGAAAAAACAUCCCAGCGGAAGUGGCGUGCAGCGGAGGAAACGCAGAUUAGACUAGAAGUUCGACAGAAGUCCUGUUAUAUCUCCUGAAUACAGACAACAUGGAAAACGAAUCUAUCGACAGUUUAAUUCUGAAGCUCCACGAUGUGGACGCGGUGAAGUUCGGGGAUUACAAGCUGAAGAGCGGCAUGAUGACACCCAUUUAUAUUGACCUCAGGGUGCUCGUGUCCUACCCCGCGCUCAUGAACCAGGUUUCAAGUCUCAUCUACGAGCGAGUGCAAGAAAAGGGGCUUCAGUUCGACUCGGUGUGCGGGGUCCCAUACACAGCCCUGCCUAUGGCCACAAUCAUCUGUUCCAGACAUGAACUGCCUAUGCUCAUCAGGAGAAAGGAAGCUAAGGACUAUGGAACCAAGCGUCUGGUGGAGGGCUCAUUUCGGGAGGGAGAUACAUGUCUGAUUAUUGAGGACACUGUGACCAGCGGCAGCAGCAUCCAGGAGACCGCUGAAGUGCUCUACACAGGGGGACUGAAGGUGACGGAUGCUGUGGUGCUGAUGGACAGAGAGCAGGGCGGUGUGGAGAUGUUGGCUUCUAAGGGAAUCCGGCUCCAUCCCAUCAUCUCCAUGUUGAAGCUGCUCAGUGUGCUGCUGGCAGCCGAACGCAUCGACGCCAAAACAGCGCAGCGUGUCCGCGAGUUCAUCCUGGACAACAACACUUUCAGCCCCAAGAAAGAGAACAGCAAUGGAGUUCCUGCCAUCAAAAAGCCAUGUUUGGAGCAGAAGACAGAGCUGAGCUACGCAGAGAGAGCCAAACUACCAAACGUCCACCCUCUGGCGUCGAAGCUGCUAAACAUGAUGGAGGAGAAGAGCUCAAACCUGUGCGUGUCCGCAGACUUGACGAGCAGCGAGGAGCUACUGCAGCUCGCCGUCCUCGGCCCCCACGUCUGCAUCCUGAAGACCCACGUAGACAUCCUGAAGGACUACACAGCGGAUUUCAGUCAGAAGCUGCAGGCUCUGGCUGAGAAACACAACUUCCUCAUCUUCGAAGAUCGCAAGUUCGCUGACAUUGGAAACACAGUCAAGCAUCAGUAUGAAGGUGGUGUGUACCAGAUUUCAUCAUGGUCCCACAUAGUGAAUGCCCACGCGGUGCCGGGCCCCGGGGUGGUGAAGGGCCUCAGUGCUGUAGGAAAGCCUCUGGGCCGCGGCUGUUUGCUCAUUGCACAGAUGAGCUCCCUGGGGUCACUGGCUACUGGGGAAUACACACAGGAUGCGCUGAAGAUGGCCGAGGAUAACUCAGACUUUGUCAUUGGUUUUAUCUGUGGCUCUAAGAUCACCCAGCGGCCAGAGUUCAUCCACAUGACCCCCGGGGUGCAGAUGAAGGCUGGAGGUGAUGGGUUUGGCCAGCAGUACACAACGCCAGAGGAAGUCUUAUGCAACAAAGGCUCUGAUGUCAUCAUCGUGGGCCGGGGUAUACUGGAGGCCCCUGAUAGGCUGACAGCAGCUGAGUCAUACAGGAAGUGCGGCUGGAAGGCGUACACAAAGAGACUUGGCCAGAGCGGCCAAUAGGAGUUGAGGCAUCAAUAUGUCCGAUUUUCAAUUUAACCUGCCACAUUUAAGGAUCUCUGUGGGAGGAGCUUCUCUUUUUCAUUUGCGAGGAACACCAGGGUGCACUAGUUGUAUACAUAGAAACGUAUGUAGACUUUUACAGGACGUACCUGGCUGCUGUGGGGAGUUGGACACUUUACUCUUGAGCUAAUGUAAAUGCACUCGCUUGAUUCUGUCCUAUUUUCAACGGUGUUCUUCUGAUUCCUUCCUAUGAAUAAACUGCACGCCUUGGAGCAGGUAUAAACAUACUUGGGGAAAUCUUUCAGUAUUAUCAGGUGCAUUUCUUUUAGAAUAGCUUCUUUCUUUUUUUUAAUCAGUUUGCUGUUGAACUUCCAAUUUGAUAGCAAUUGUGUUGAAUCAGAAAUUUGACAUGUCAUUUCCUUGACAAAGACUAGAGCUUUUUCUUCUUCACAAACUAACUGAGUAUGCUUUCAUAGAAUUGCCAAAAUACUACAACACGAUUUAAAGCCUGAUUGUAGUGGGUAAACCUUUUAAAUGGUUGUAUAAUAUUAAGGUUGCAUUUCAGGGAAUUUUCAUGAGAUCACACAGUCACAGGUCAUUCAUGUUGAACUCGAGUUUCACAGUAUCAGUAUGACAAAUAUUUUAAACUUGUUUAUACAGUUAGUUCAUUUUAUAGCAAAUGGAUCGAUUUGAUCCCAAUUCAGUAGAAUGAUGGAUUUCAAAUGUCAAGAGUCCUUACUUGAUUUUGCCACUAUACACUUUAAGUAAUGCAUUUCAUAGGUCAACUACAAAAUGAUGGCUUUUGAUUUGCCUGAUUGAUUCGCACUGACUAAUGUGACAACUUGUAGUCCAUUUGAACAGUGUUUGAUAUAUGUUUUACAACCUGUUCUGGUGAAAAACGUAUGAACCAUUAGAUUUUUUGAAAUUACAAAGAUGAGGGUCUGGUUAUUGUAGACAAUUUGGUGGAGUCCUACGUUUGCCGUCCUUAAUGCUUAACUUACUGAGGUACUAUCAAUUGUUUUUGUCCAAAGAGAUAAAAAUCCAGUUAUAGCGGGACCUGAUCCCAGUUGUUCUGCAUUGUUUAUUGUCCGUCUCAAAAAAUAAAGUUGACAAACAAGUUGUAAUUAAAGAGAUAAUUGCUUUCAGUUUGACACCUUAAAGUCCAUUUCUUUGUAAAUGUGUCCUAGAACCAUGACAGUUAUGUUGUUAGGCCUACAUGCAGGGAUAUGGCGUCAUCUUGAUGGUUUACGUGAUACUUCAUUUAAUGGUUACUUUUACAUUUGAUACCUGGUGUGGUGUUUUCCCUCCAUGUUUUUUCCUAUUAUGACUAAAGAAGCAAUACAAUGUCUCUGUUAAGUGUUAAGGAAUAUUUCCAAUAAACAUUGUGUUCCAAAA